AGCUUGUUGCGAAAGAUUAUGCUUCUCCUGAGAUGAAGAUGAAAUAGAAUUUCUCUUACUCUAUUACAUGAAAACUAUAUUCUCUUUCUCAUCAUGAGUGCCCAAUCCCAUCUGUCCGACAGUGUGUACACCACAUCCGUCCAUGGGUGGCGCCCCGACCUGGUGGAUUUUCUCGACGAGGUAUGCAACACAAAUUUCCUGUACAUGUACAAAUAAAUGCAUCACAAAUUUCACCAACUUGGAGCAUGCCGCUUGUCAUGCUGAGUAGAGUAUAAAAGAAAAGUUUGUCAUGCAGAAACCGCAUUUGUAUACAAAUGCUGGAAAUUUACCGUGGAUACGAGGAAUGGCUCUCCGAGCAGCUGCCCGACGACGAGCUGAACCUCCCGAAUCUACCGCCCUACAACCACCCGGGCUCGCGACCGGACCAGGACCCCUUUGCGAUAAGCCCGCAAUUGGCAAAACUCUCCCUGCUGCAAAACCGGAAGCAACAGUCCAACGUUGGGUGUCUGAAUUUUCUGGAAGCGGUGUUGGACCUGAAUGAGGAAGACUUUUUGGAGUACGUUUUCCAGGCGGGGAACGCAAACUACGGUGGGAAUGUGUUGAAUUUGUCCAAUCUGAAACGAACGAAAAACGUCGGGAAAGGUUCUGCCGGUGGUGGCAGCUCUGCGGGCUUCAGUAGUAGUUCCUCCGGGGCAGCAGGAGGGGGACAUCACUCUACUAAUGGCACGGCAAGUCAUGGACCUGGUGCGUCGAGCGCCGCUCGGCAAAACGCAAAUUCCGGGCUGAAGAACCACCAGAAUCCGAGGUCCAUGCUCAGUGAAUACAUCGGGCACGAUAUCAAGAGUAAAAACGUUGUCCCCACCCCGCCAGAGUCAAGAUGGCGAUUUUGCUACAGAAAGGAGCAGGUUUUGGCUGUUGCGCAUGACAAGUUUGUUUCUGCUCGUAGCGUAGCCCUGUUUAGCUAGUAGUGCGACCGCAUCACAAAUCGACUGCCUUAUCCUCCCUCCAGCAUGACAAAUCCCGAAAUAGCGUAUGGAAAAUGCUCCUCAUGGGGUUGCGCACCAUGAGAAACACUUUACGCAUGCCACUUCACAUGAGAAGUCUUGGGUGGGGACGUUUUCACACAUGAUGCACGAGUUGUUUUCUACCACGAUGCGGGAAGACGAGCACGAUUUGGAUGUUUUGGGCCAGGAGUUACCCCUACCGGCGGCGUAUGGGGCCUAUUGCCUUUGAGGUCUCGAUGGAAUAUAUUUAUAGCGAAGAAGGAGCAGGUCACGACCAGCAGCACAUUGUUGAGCAGCGACUUUUGGAGGUUACAAUUGCUCGAGAUCAAAUUUCUUUAAUGAACCGCCUAUAACAAAAUGAAAACUUCUACGUAGAAAAAUUCUGCACCUACCUGUCC